AAAUUAUAGGAUCUGUAUAAUUAUUCCAUUGAAAUAAAAAAAACUUUUCACGGCAGAGAAUCUUUGCAGAGAGAGCAUAAACCACUCCAUUUCUCACUCUUCUUUAUCUCUCUUCUUCUCUACAAAAAGGCCCAAAAUACUUCAUCACUUCGAACUCUUCCGCCAUGGAAAUCCAAAAAUUGCUUCUCAAAUUCAAAUUUCACAUCUUAAUUGCAUCUACUUUUUCGAUUUUCAUCUUCGCUCUCAUUUACCUCGCACCUCGAUUUCUCGAUGUUGUUAAGUAUUUUUGGCCUCUGUUACUCUCUACUGCUCUCUUCCUAGUCGCCGUCGUUCUCUUUGGAUGGAUUUCUCCGCCGGUAUCUGAGAUUUCCGGUGAGAAAACCGGUGAAGGUAUUUUGGAAUUCGUAGCGGGUCAACCCGAACAAUUACAAACGCAUCUACAUGAUUUACAUGAACAUGAAGGAGACGGAGAAGAUGAAGAAGGUGAAAGUAGCAAAGUAGAGUGAAGUGAAAUUAAUGGUUAUUUCUGCUCUUUUUACUUUUCUUUUUUUAUUAAUUAGAUACUUUUUUUUUUCUUUUUAAAUUUUUGUAUAUUUCCAGAAUAAUGUUAACUUGCAUUAUUGGCCUGCAACUUA